AUGACUGGUAACCCAGUCCCAGAGAAGUUGACUGUGAGCUCCAUGACUCCAACAUCUGCUAGUCUUAGCUGGAGCCUUCAUCAGGGGAUGGAGCAGUUUCCACACAGCUUCCUGAUCUCCUACCACAGUGAAGAGACUGAACUACAGACCACCUCUACAGAGUCAUGCAGCACAACUCUUACAGGCCUGACGCCAGACACUCAUUAUACUGUCACUGUCUGCUGUGAGCUCAGAGAUGGGGGAAGGAGUCAGGCUGCUACACUCCUCAUCCACACAGCUGUUCCUCCUCCUGGGCGCAUUGAGUUCCCCUCAGUGAAGCCAGACUCUGUGUGUCUGAGCUGGGGACCUCCUGAGGGGCUGGCUGGACUCCACAGAUUCAGGGUCACAUGGUCGAGUGAAGGCAGCCUGGAGCAUCUCCAAGUGCAAGACCUGAAACUUCAUGUUCAGGGACUCACUCCAGGAGAGGAGUACCUGUUUACUGUGGCCACCCUCAGUGAUGAUGACAGACAGAGUUCAUGUGUGUCUGCAACUGUCUGCACAGAUAUUCCUCCACCCGAGUGUCUUACUGUGGCUGUGGAUCUCACAUCAGUGUUCGUGACGUGGAGCAAACCAGAGGGAGUUGUUCAGGCCUCUUACCUACUGACCCUCUACAGAGAUGGAGGAUGUCUAAACACCUUUCCCACCAGAUCUCUUCAAAACCGUUAUGAGUUGGAAAUGGAGGCAGAAUACACCAUCAGUGUUUCCACAGUACUAAAAGGAGGCCAAAGCAAACCCAUCUCUAAAACCAUCAGAACAAGUUAUCCAGUCCCAGACAAGUUGACUGUGAGCUCCAUGACUCCAACAUCUGCUGAUCUUAGCUGGAGCCUUCAUCAGGGGAUGGAGCAGUUUCCACACAGCUUCCCGAUCUCCUACCACAGCGAAGAGACUGGACUACAGACCACCUCUACACAGUCAUGCAGCACAACUCUUACAGGCCUGACGCCAGACACUAAUUAUACUGUCACUGUCUGCUGUGAGCUCAGAGAUGGGGGAAGGAGUCAGGCUGCUACACUUGUCAUCCAAACAGGUGAGAAAUGAGACUAUGGGACUAAAUGAGACAACAAUUAUCUAUGUGAAAUAAAUACUAGUUAUAGGAUUAUUCCCCACUUCUUUCCUUGUAUUUAUUCCAUACCAAAUUAGGCACUGUAAGGUUAAAUUCAGUUGUCCCUGGUUGAGUAGAUGUUUGUAAAUGGUGGAAGUUUAAUGAAUAGUGCUCAAUUGAAGACCUUUGGGUUACUGACAGUGAAAUUGUUGAAUGUUAUUUCACUUCCACUCUAAGUCAUUAUACAUUCAGUAUCAUCAUGUAAACCAUAUGUAGAUAUGUAGUUUAAAUGUAUCUCCUGUUGAUCAACCAGUAAGGUAAUACCCAGAGACAUUAUAAGAGGAGAUGAAUCACUGAGGAGUCUCUAACGCUAAACAUGGCAGAUCUGGAACUGGAAGCCCUGCUCUGUAUUAC